AUGGCGCCUCACAAGAACGACGAAGUGGACGCCGAGGCCGAGCUCGCCUCCCAGCUUGCCGCUGAUAUUGCCGCUGCCGAGUCCUCGUCCGCCGCCAAGGCAAAGGCAUCUUCGUCCUCCUCCGCUAGCACACCAGCUGCCGAGCGUCAGCCAUUCUCCGCACUCGACCUCUCGGAGCCAACGCGCAAAGCCAUCGAUGCGAUGGGCUUCAAGACCAUGACUGAGGUGCAGGCGCGCUGUAUUCCACCCCUCAUGGCGGGAAAGGACGUUCUGGGUGCUGCCCAGACUGGUUCAGGAAAGACAUUGGCGUUCCUCAUCCCGGCCAUCGAGAUGCUUCACAGGCUCAAGUUCAAGCCAAGAAACGGAACGGGUGCCAUUAUCAUCUCUCCCACGCGUGAACUCGCGCUGCAAAUCUUUGGAGUCGCAAAGGAGCUUAUGGCGCACCACCACCAAACCUUCGGCAUCAUCAUGGGCGGCGCUAACCGUCGUGCAGAGGCAGACAAGCUGCAGAAGGGCGUCAACCUCAUCGUUGCUACCCCGGGUCGUCUGCUUGAUCACCUACAGAACACCAAGGGAUUCGUCUUCUCCAAUCUCAAGGCGCUCUGUAUCGACGAGGCCGACCGUAUUCUCGAGAUUGGUUUCGAGGACGAGAUGCGACAGAUUGUCAAGAUCUUGCCCAACGACAACCGACAGAGCAUGCUCUUCUCGGCCACACAGACCACCAAGGUGCAGGACCUGGCACGCGUCUCCCUUCGACCGGGUCCGCUCUACAUCAACGUGCACGCAGAUCUUGCGGCCAGUACCGUCUCGCGCCUGGAGCAGGGAUACGUGGUCUGCGAUUCGGACCGUCGCUUCCUACUCCUCUUUACCUUCCUCAAGAAGAACGCCGGCAAAAAGAUCAUUGUGUUCAUGAGCUCGUGCAACUCGGUCAAGUACCACUCGGAUCUGCUCAACUUUAUCGACGUUCCCGUGCUCGACCUGCACGGCAAGCAGAAGCAGCAGAAGCGCACAAACACCUUUUUCGAAUACUGCAACGCGCCUUCCGGCACUCUCUUGUGCACAGACGUUGCGGCGCGAGGUCUCGACAUCCCCAGCGUUGACUGGAUCAUCCAGUUCGACCCGCCCGAUGACCCGCGUGACUACAUCCACCGUGUCGGUCGUACCGCGCGCGCGGGCAACAGCGGCAAGUCGCUUCUCUUCCUUCUCCCCUCCGAGCUUGGCUUCUUGCGCUUCCUCAAAGUGGCAAAGGUUCCGCUUAACGAGUACACGUUCCCCUCGGACAAGGUGGCCAAUGUGCAGGGCCAGCUCGAGAAGCUGAUCAGCAAGAACUACUACUUGCACCAGUCGGCGCGCGACGGCUACCGAUCCUACUUGCAGGCGUACGGCUCGUAUUCACUCAAGCGCAUCUUUGACAUUCACAAGCUCGACCUCGCCAAGGUGGCGAGGGCGUACGGGUUCGCUGUGCCGCCCAAGGUCAACAUCACCAUCGGUACGGGCUUGAAAGGGUCGCCAUCGAGCAGCAGCAGCGGUGGCAAGAGGAAAGAGGUGGACGCGGAUGGCGAGGGCGAAGGCGGAGAUGACGAGAUCAACCCCAAGAGGCAGCAGAGCGACAGGAGGGCAUACUACCGAAGGAACCACCAGAAUGGGGGCAGCAAGGACCACUUCCGCAAAUCCGGUGCAAACGCGACAGGGAACAAGGGCGGAAAGCAGUGGUCUCGCUGA